AUGAAUUAAGAUGAUCACAAUUCUAAUGAACAAAAACCUGAUAAAAAACUUCACUAUUAUGAUCAAGAUUGGCCAUAACAAUAACAAACCAUAUCACCAAGAUUCACUCCAUAGUAGUUUUAUCUCUAACCUCCUUAAAAUAUCUCUGCAUUCAAUCUCUUACCUGAACAAGAACUCAUAGAUAAAAAUAAGCCAAAAUAUCCAUUUAGAAAACUAUCUGCUGGAGAUGGUUUAGAAUAAUAGGAAGACGAUCAUAAUCGCCAUUUUAACAAUUAUCCACCAUAUUAUUUGUAAAUACCUUAACAAAUGAAAUAUCCUCAAAAUAACUAGUAUAUGCAUAAAUUUCCAUAACCAUAUCCUCCUCCUUGGUAUAGACCUCCAUAUCCACCAUUUUACUAUCCUCCUUAUGAUAUGUCCUAAUACUAAAAUACUUUAUCUAAAGAACUCUAAUCUAAAGUUAGUCAAUUAGUUUAAUAUUAAAAAGUCUCUCCUUUUUAAUGCAAUUGCAAAAAAAGUAAAUGUCUAAAACUAUAUUGUGAAUGUUUUACAAAUAAUUGGGUUUUAUUAAUCAAUAUUUUAGGUAUGUUCCUAAAGUUGUAAUUGUACUGAAUGCAAAAAUAGAAUUGAUAAUCCAAAUGAAAGAUCUAAAGCUAUAGAAGAAGCACUCCUUAGAAAUCCAGAAGCAUUUGCUCCCAUUUUAACAAAUAAUGGCUAAUAGCCACAAAUCAUUUAAGGUAUAAAAUUUGUUUAAAUAUUGAAAGAAUAAAAGUCUUAGAAAGACAUACAGAAAGAAACAAAAAAGGGUUGCAAUUGUAAAAAAUCAGAAUGUAAGAAAAAAUACUGUGAAUGUUAUAGCAUCAAUUAAAAAUGCACUGAUUUGUGUAAAUGUGAAAAUUGUCUAAAUAAGGAGGAAUAACAAAAAUAACCAGAGAAAAUAGAAAAUUGUGUAUCCAUAGAAAUUAUUUAGUAUUAAUAAUAAUAAGAAGAAUAAAACAUGUAAAAAAAAUAAGAUAAUAAAUCAAAAAAAAUUAAAAAGGAAAUAAUAUAAAAUAAUAAAAAUAAUAAGAAAAAUAAAAAAAAUUGA